AUGGCUGACGUUGAGGCACCAUUGCUCCCGAAUGUUGAAGUUCGAGUAGCAAAGCAGACGCGUCUAUUUUAUGGGAUAGUGACCAUUCUACUACUCGGUGAAAUCAUCUCUAAUGCCGACGCUUCUAUGAUGUUGGCCUCCGGCGCCCGCAUUAUGUCCGAGUUCAACAACCUGCAGAAUGUUGACUGGCUGUCAACGAGCUACAGCCUUGGGGUCUGCGCUGCUCAACCGCUGUACGGUAAGCUCAGUGAUAUUUAUGGACGCAGAGCCAUGAUGUUGGCCGCAUACAUCUCCUACUUCUUUGGAUGUACAAUCAGUGGAUUCAGCCUCGUCUAUUGGCAUGUCAUCGGCGGGCGAAUCAUCACUGGUAUCGGGGGCGCUGGACUGAUGACCAUGGCAUCCAUUAUCAUCACAGUGGCUGAGCUUCUUUUCUCAUAUUCAGACAUUGUCCCUGUCAGAGAUCUUGCUGUUUGGCGAAGCUAUAUCAAUCUCUGUAUGACUCUUGGAAGGAGUCUUGGCGGCCCGUUAGGCGGCUGGCUUACUGAUGCCGUCGGAUGGAGAUGGUUGUUUCACCUCCAAGCUGCCUUGACCGCUACUGCAGUCAUUCCCCUGGCACUGAUGCUCGGCUCGGAACAUGGUCGCGACGACACCGCCGACAACAAGACCUCCAAAGCCAAACUGCAAGGCAUUGAUUGCAAUGACUCGCAACUCAUGACACCAAUCUCGGGAGUCCUUCUAGCUCUGGCUCUAAGCUGUCUCGUAGGGUUUGUUCUGGUCGAGCGGCACGUCGCCCGUGACCCGGUCUUCCCUCUUUCCCUGCUUCAGCAGCCAAAUGUGCUCGCAAGCUACCUUGUAACGCAUCGGGCCACAGCGACAGAGGCUGGGGCCCGCUUGGUACCAGCUGUAGUUGGCAAUGCCAUCGGCGGACUCCUAGCCGGGACGAUCAUCAAGAGAACCGGCCGAUUUAAAUUCAUCACAAGCAUUGCGUGUGUCUUUGCCGCGUCCAGUUACGCCAUGGUCUGGCUUUUCUGGGACGGGACAUCUCGAAGGUGGGAAUCCUUGUACAUCUUUCCCAGUGGCUUUGGUACUGGCAUGUUACAAGCCGGGGCCUUUGUCAGUAUGGCUUCCUGCCUCGAGGCAAAUCAAGUUGCUGUUGCCACCGGAGGCUAUUUUCUCUUUAUGAACAUUGGCUCGACUGCAAGUCUUCUAUGA